UGUCUGUUUGUGUGUGAGUAAAAGACAUGCGGGGACAGAGGGGCCGACACUGACAGACAAACAGACGCAUACAGAGAGAGAGAGAGAGAGAGAGAGAGAGAGAGAGAGAGAGAGAGAGAGAGAGAGAGAGAGAGAGAGAGAGCAGAACAUUUAUCUGCUGGAGCUACGGAGUUGGUUGUUGAUGAACGUGAUCGGAAAAGCUCAUGGGAAUUAUAGAUUAGGGGCAAGCAGCUGGUGAGUUUUGCGGAGGAACUUGGGCGUAGGGGCUGAACCGGGUGGGUCAUAAUGUAAUUUUGUAAUAUAUCCGUGAUUCUGUAACGAAGAGGGGUGUAAAAAAUAGAUGUAUUUAUUCGUCUAGAGGUAGCGUUGAUGUUAGUUCAGUCAAUCACAGGGCUUUACGUGCCAUGCGAGCCCUGAGGAGGUUGUGGGCGCACUUGAUUAAUUAAGGUCUAUUAAAGGGUUGGAAUACCUUUGCACUUUUUUUUUUUUUUUUUUUUUUUCCCUCUCCAUUUUCCCUCUAUUUUCCUGACUUUUCCCUAUUUCCGCUCGUGUGUUUCUUGGUUUGGUGGCUUCUCUCCUUUCCCCUUGUUCCUGACCUCUAUUGAACAGUCACGUGGCUGUUUCGAGUGAGACAAUCAAUCCUCAAUCCUCUCCUUUACAGCGCUCUUUUUCACCCUUUCUACCCGGGCCCAUCUUUUUUGGUUGUCCCCUUUCCUCCGCUGGCUUUUACUUCCUCUUUUUUUUUUUUUUUUGUGAAGCAGGGCAAUCAAGUCAUGUGAUUGUCAUCUGUGGAGAACCUCCUCCUCUCCCACUCUGGCCCGGUUUGUGUAGUUCUGCGCAUGUGCGAGGAAGAUUCUUCGCAUGUGCGAGGAAGAUUCUUCGCAUGUGCGAGGAAGAUUCUGCGCAUGUGCGAGGAAGGUUCUGCGCAUGUGCGCAUGUGCGAGGAAGGUUCUGCGCAUGUGCGCAUGUGCGAGGAAGGUUCUGCGCAUGUGCGCGUGUGGGAGGACGGUUCUGCGCAUGUGCGCAUGUGCGAGGAAGGUUCUGCGCAUGUGCGACGAAGGUUCUCUGCAUGUGCGAGGAAGGUUCCGCGGAUGUGCGAGGAAGGUUAUGCGGAUGUGCGAGGACGGUUCUGCGCAUGUGCGACGAAGGUUCAGCGCAUGUGCGAAGACAGUUCACGGAUAGAUAGUGCGGCUGCUGUACCCGUCGCUGCAUGUGCGAAGUAGGGCGAAAUAAAAUGGUCGCCUGAUU